AGAGAGAGAGAAAGAAAUGGGGACGCACCGAGCCGAACCGAAACCCUAAACCGCUGCGAUCGAUCGCCCCCAAUUUGCUAUAUUUGUCGCACGAUUUAAGCUCCUCCUCGUCGCCCUCUCCUCCUCGAUUCUUUCCCCUUCCGGUAAGAAUCCAUUCCCCCACCCUCAUCCCCCCAUUUUUCAUUCCCUCUCUCGAUCGACUUCGACGCGGAAAUCCCCAUUUUGUGCCCUUUUUUAUCCCUUUUGAAUCGAAUUUUUUGGUUAAAUCAUUGUUAGAUCCGUCGACAUUGUCGGAUUAAACCCUCAGCCUCGAAAAGGUGGCUCCUUUUCGGUCUAGGGUUUGUUCCUGCUGCGUUCGAUUCGAAAUUUAGGGCUUUUAGGUGCUUUUGGUGCUUGAUUUUGAUAUUUUAAUCUGUUGAUCGUUUCCAAGUUGAGAUUCUUUUUUUGGGGGGGAAUUCUAGAAGGGAUUGCAGAAAUUAGGCUGGGUUAGGGGAAUUAGGGCGGAAUCGGCGAUGGAUUUUAGGGUUUGAGAUCGUCGUGCCUUCUUUGUGGCUUUCGUUGCGAUUAGAGAAUCGAAGAAUUCUCUUCAAUCCUAAUCAGAAAUUAAAAGUAUGUCGUCGGCUGGAGCCACUCUCAACCCUGUUGGGGAAGAUCUUUUCCUCUUUCCCUUCAAUUCGAACGAUGCUCGAUCGCCACAUCGCUCUCUGGAUUCAAUCAUGAUAUACCUUUCGAUCCCGGGCCUAUCGGUGAUUCCGAUGCGGGUCUCGGAAUCCGAUUCAAUUGCUUCGGUCAAACUUCGGGUUCAGACCUGCAAGGGCUUUGUGGUGAAGAAGCAGAAGCUGGUCUUCGACGGCCGUGAGCUGGCCCGCAAUGACUGCUUAAUCCGGGACUACGGCGUGUCUGACGGUAAUCUCCUCCACCUUGUUAUCCGCGUCUCCGAUCUCCGAGUAAUCACCGUGAAAACCGUCUGUGGGAAGAAGUUCAAGUUCCAUGUCGAGCGAGGCCGGACUGUUGCUUACGUGAAGAAAGAAAUCACAAAGAAAAGCAAAGAGGUUCUCAAUUUUGACGAUCAGAAGCUCAUUUUCGAUGGCGAGGAGCUCGAUGAUCAGCGGUUGAUUCACGAUAUAUGCAAGAACAAUGAUGCUGUAAUACACUUGCUGGUGAGGAGAUCAGCGAAGGUCAGGAGCAAGCCUGUGGAUAAGGAAUUUGAGCUCUCGAUUAUAGCACCAGAUGUACAUGUUACUAGGAAACCACCGAUUAGAGAUGUUUGGAUCGAGCCGUUCAUUGUUAAUCCGAAGGUCGAAUUGCCUCCAGUAAUUAAAAAUCUCAUUACCGCCACUCUUGCUGGAUUGGAGAAUGGGAACCCGCCAAUCUUGUCGUCGGAAGGUACAGGAGGGGCGUACUUUAUGCAAGAUGUAUUGGGCCACAAGUACAUCGCCGUGUUUAAGCCGAUCGACGAGGAACCGAUGGCUGAGAACAACCCGCGAGGGCUGCCGCUCUCGGCAAACGGAGAGGGAUUGAAGAGAGGGACGCAGGUCGGCGAAGGUGCAAUUCGGGAAGUCGCGGCAUACGUUCUCGACCAUCCAAUAGGCGGGAAGAAGUCACUUUCUGGACUUGACUUCGGCUUUUCCGGAGUUCCUCCUACAGCUAUGGUGAAAUGCUUGCACAGAGCUUUUAAUCAUCCUCCAGGGUUUGAUGCGAAUGAAGCAAAGAAGGAUUUCAAGAUCGGGUCUUUGCAGAUGUUUGUGAAGAACAAUGGGAGCUGUGAGGAUAUGGGGCCGAGGGCGUUUCCCGUACAGGAGGUGCACAAGAUCUGCGUGUUGGAUAUACGGUUGGCGAAUACAGAUAGGCAUGCUGGGAAUAUAUUAUUUUGCAGCGAGGGAGGAGAGGAAGGAAGGCCGGUGCUUAUUCCUAUUGAUCAUGGAUAUUGCCUGCCUGAGAAUUUUGAAGAUUGCACCUUUGAGUGGCUCUACUGGCCGCAGUCCCGCCAACCCUUCAACUCUGAAACCAUCGACUACAUAAAAUCACUAAACGCCGAGGAGGACAUUGAGCUUCUCAGAUUUUAUGGUUGGGACCUCUCUCAUAACUGUGCUCGCACUCUCCGCAUAACCACCAUGCUUCUUAAGAAGGGCGUCGAGAGAGGACUAACUCCGUAUGAUAUAGGAAGCAUUUUGUGCAGAGAGACCAUCAAGAAAGAAUCCAAAAUCGAAGAGAUUCUGAAAGAAGCAAACGAAGCUGCUUUUCUGGGAUUCAGCGAAGCUUCAUUCAUGGAAACCAUUUCAGAAAUCAUGGAUCGCCAUCUUGAUGAACUCGCUAUAUAGAAAUAGUAAAUAAUCUUUAAAAGGACCAUAUAUUUAUAUAUGUUAUAUAAAUAUAUGUAUGUGUAUAUGGAAAUGUAUUUAUGUGGAUUUGUCAUGUUGACGACGAAUGGCUAAAUGUAUUAAACUCUAAAGUGACUAAUGCCCCCCCCCCUUAAAGCGGCGAGAGGUUCUUGAGA